ACUGUUAUGUUCUGAAUUUAAGAUAUUCAAUCAUUUAAGUCAUAAACUAGCUAUGGCAACGUAGUUGUCGGGUGCUUUCGCGUGUGUGAUGGGUUGAGUGACAUAUUUUCUACAAAUUACAGUACUGUUUUCAUAAAUUUCAUUGGAUAUGUCAAAUACUAGCCUUGAGAUUAUUCACGAAGGCUGGCUGACGAAAUCACCACCAUCCAAGGCAAUCUGGAGAGCGCGGUGGCGAAGGAGGUGGUUUGUGCUGCGCCAUUCUGGCGAGCUACCUGACCAAUACUUUCUCGAGUACUACACGGACCAUAACUGCAGAAAACUGAAAGGAAAAAUUGACUUGGAUCAGUGUGAACAGGUUGACGCUGGUCUGAGAUUUGAGAAUCGCAAGCAGAAGUACCAGCAUAUGUUUGAUGUGAAGACACCAAAGCGAGUGUACUACUUGGCGGCCGAGUCUGAGGAGGACAUGAACAAAUGGGUUGAAUACGUUUGUCACGUAUGCGGACUCAUGGCCUACAAAGACGAAGACGACUAUGGCUAUGCGCCUCCUGCCGAGGAUGAGGAGACUCCUACAACAACGGAGUCACUAACAAGCGAGCAACAAGACCCAAUGUUGGGUCUGGUGACAGAAUCUCCACCUGUUUCCCCCACCAGCACAAUUUCAGGCCCAUACAUCCCUAUUAGCGAGUGCAUUUCUGGAAAGUCCCUCUCAAGUCCAAAUGGCUUAGAAGAUUUUAAUAAUAUACUUCGACAAGGAGGAUAUGGUAUUACAGCAACUACACAAUAUGGCCUGACAAAUAACAGAGAAGGACAGUCCACGUGUCAAAAACAUGCUCUGUAUUCAGAGAACAAAAUUCAAGAUUCAACAAAGUUAAUAUGUGUAGGGGAGACGGGUGCUUCGUUUCAAGUCAAAACGCCAAUUCUGCCAAUUAAAAGAUCACCCAGACCAUAUGAUGGUACUUCAAGUGCAGAUAAUGCAGAGUUUUAUGAUUCCCCUCGUAAGCUUCAUCCUCCAAACCUGGAAUUGCGGCAAAUUAGUGAAACCCCCCCUUUACACAGUCCUACAACAGAUGGCGAGAGUGUAUUUACAGAUGAAGAAUGGUCUGUGCCAUCACAUCACCCACCUUGCGUCAACUGGGAGACGUUUCCAGAUGGGGACAGUGUACGCCAGACGAGACCUUCGGAUAGUUCGGCAGAAGUAGAUGUAGGUGGCGGAGGAGAUGUUGGUUCUUGGAGUGUUGUGAAACGUUUUGGCAAGCUUAGAGUAGUUGAUAAUGUGAGCAGCAUUCCACACGACGGCUCCAUCGGGGUGCAUGGCAGACAGUUGAGCCUUCCAAUAAAUCUGCAGCAUCAACCAGUUGCCCCUCCUCGUCCACCUAAACCCUUCCACCUGCUUCUAGAAGCUCCAAGCCACAGCUAUCUCAACCUGGAAAAUGUAUCCCCACAACCAAGACAUAACAGAAAUGUGAGGAAACCAAGUGUUGCUUCUCUGUCGUCAGACACGUCAAAAAGGACAGGAAUUCCGGGAUCACCUAAUGACUGUGUGAGUGCUUCAGAUGGUAAUGAAGAGCCACCAUCUCCUCUGUCCCCAUCUCAGUGCAGUGAAACUGUGGGCGUGAAUGACGAGAUGUACGAUUUUCCAAGGUCACACCAGUAUGCCAACAAUCCUUCAAGUCCGUCAGCCGGGGACGGUGCAGAAGGUAAAAUUCACACAUCGGUCCGUCACUGUUACACCAACGCCGCGCCAAGCAAGGUCAAUGGCGAAGUGUUCCGUUACGACUUCCAUCACAGUGACUCCCCGCCGUCCGCUUCCCAGGAGGGCGCCACUACUCUUGAAGAACCGACAUCACCCCACUCUGAUGGCUCCAGCUCUCUGGCUUCUUCAUCUACUGCUGCUGUCUACUCCAAUUUACCGAGUCCCCUCACGGCCCAAGGCGGAUCAGAUGUCGGACAUAGUGGUAUUCCUACUCCGCCAGCUGUAAAUCGUGGGCUUAAACCAGGCCGUAAACUAUCUGACUCAACGUCUGUGGUCUCAAAUGAGCCGUCUCCUGUGAGCCCGGCUACACAUUUGAUAUCAGGUCAUUUUCCACCGAGCGUAGAUCGAAAACUGAAACCACAGCUUAAGCAGCCUGAACAAGAACUCCUACCCCUGGCUGCUCCGCCAGGUGGCCGGUCAGGUUCAGAAACCUGUCGCAGCUUAAGAAAACCCAGAGCAGCCCCGAGUCCGACACCACCCUCGUCGACGCCGACAGCAUUACGCAAUGGGCAGCGGCAGCGCUCUGAACACAACUCUAGUUCAGAUGAUGAUCACAGGAAGUCACCAGAUGGCGAGCCUAUAUAUUAUUUCCAACAAGACACCAAUAAAUUUAUACCAGCAACAAGGUUUCAGGAAUUGCAAUACCUUGACUUGGAUCUUGAAUGGGACGCUGCAAGUGGUACGUCAUCAGCGACGCAGAUCCCAAAGUCGCCCGAGCGAGCACAACAGCCGACGAGCACCGUGUACAAAACCGUGGACUUCGUAAAGACAGAAGCUUUUAACAGGACGAGACAAGAGGUCGAAGAAGUUCGGAAACAGUGCACAGCCGCUGAACUAUGACAUCGCAGUACUUUUAGUUUUCUCACGUAAUAAGCUGUUGGUCUCCAAUCUCUUCUUGCAGUAGAAGACUGCAGUACUGUUAAUGAAAUGCGAAUCAACUGGUACUUUGAUGUUUCUUUUAGUAAGAUACUAAUUAAUUAUCAUAUUUAGAUUUUGUUACUCGUUGCGGAUUGCGGUCUUCUGGGUUGGAGAAUGUAUCACCUCCAUCCACCCCAAAGAUGGAGGUUACAUUUUUCUCUGAAAUAUUAAUAAUCACUUACAGGACUACAUGACAUCACAAACUCGGGUCACAAUCCGUGUUAAACGCCGUCAAAGCUUACUUAUCGUUUCACCGUGUAAUUAAUCACUGAAAUGUAAUUUGUAAUAUGAACAAUUUACAAUGCUUAUAUGUAUUUAUUGCAACACGUAAGAAAUGGGCGUAUGGGCCAUGACAUCUAAAUACAUUCAUCCCGAUCGGCCAUACACGGUAUCAGUACGAGCGCGAUCACCGAGGAGGAAAAGAUUUAGAAUUCUUUGCACAGUCCAGAAUACAAGAGCUUUAGAAUCCAGGGAAUAUAUCCGAUUCGUUGCGAGCGUGGCAAGCCAGUCAUACCAUCGAGUCCCUACGUCAAAGAACUGACGUCUGUAUCGGUGUUUCUGAAACGUCCACGGGACCGACUCGCUGACAGAACUCCAAAACUACUGUCAUAACGUUUGAUGUGUGCUGUAUUUUAAUUUGCUGACAGCGGUCAAAGAAAAAAGAUUCAAAUGGUUGACGCAGUCUUACGAGAAAUUAAUCAGAAGGUAGAAUAACUUCACAGUAUUCUGAAAUUGUGUAAAAUCUUAGAAAAUCUUCAACAAAACCUUAAUUUUCUGACAAUACAGGUCACGUAAUUUUGUUAGGAUAAUGAAAUCUGCAAGGGUACGAUGGGCUGGUCAUACGAUUGGGAUCGGAUAAAGAACGUGAAAUUUUGGUGGAGAAACCUCUUGAAAUACAGCCACUUGGAAUAUGAAGAAGGAAGGAUGGAACUGGCUCAAGAUGAUUUUCAGUGACGGACAUCGCUGUUUGUAGUUUCUGUCAAAAAAAAAAAUCUUAGGUACUUCAAGGGAUGCGUUUUUAAUCUACACGAGGACGUCAUCACUUCUGCUGUUACGUGAGCUUUGUUGGAAAUGUUUUUGAAACUAUUUUAAUUUACCCAGUGCCAUUCAGUGCCAUUGAUUGCUAUGUGGAUGUUUAACAUUUAUGAAUUUUACUGGUAUUUGUUACUUGUUUAUUAUAACUCGUAGCAGUAGGUUCGUGACAUGCAAUUUUAUGUACAAUUAUUAUACAUUUUGUACAGGAUUCUUUAUUAUUAUUAUUAUUAUAAUAUUGCUGUUGCCUGUUGUAAUCAGGCACGUA